ACAACUCAUGGGGCCCACGGGCAAUAGGGGAUCAUGGGGCCCCUAGUGGAGAAGAAUUAGAUAAUGUGGUAGGCAGGGGCGGACUGACAACUCAUGGGGCCCCCGGGCAAUAGGGGAUCAUGGGGCCCCUGUGUCCUUGCCCACACUCAAAAAAAAGCCUAUAAAAAGGUACCAAGAGCAGUUCAUGGGGCCCUCUACUGACCCCGGGUCCUUGGGCAGUGCCCGAGUGCUCGAAUGGUCAGUCCGCCCCUGGUGGUA